ACAGAGUCUCGCUCUGUCACCCAGGCUGGAGUGCUGUGGUGCGAUCUCGGCUCACUGCAACCUCUGCCUCCCAGGUUCAAGCAAUUCUCUGCCUCAGCCUCCCAAGUAAAUGGGAUUACAGGCAGGCGCCUGCCAGCACACCCAGCUGAUUUUAGUAUUUUUAGUAGAGAUGGGGUUUCACCAUCUUGGCCAGGCUGUCUUGAACUCCUGACCUCGUGAUCCACCCACUUCAGCUUCCCAAAGUUCUGGGAUUACAGGCGUGAGCCACCGCACCCGGCUGACAAGUGUCCUUCUAAGAAACACACAGAGGAGAAGACACAGAAGAGGAGAGCACCAUGUGAUGGUAGACACAGAAAUUGGAGUUCUACAGCCACAAGCCAAGGAACUCCUGGAGCCACCAGGAGAUGGAAGAUGCAAAGAACUGAUUUUCUCUCAGAGCCUCUGGAGGGAGUGUGGCCUUGGUGACACCUUGAUUUUGGACUUCUGGCCUACAGAACCAUCACACUCCUUGCCCGUUCUCUUGUAUUUGAAGAGCCAACAGAAGUUCAGAGUGGCGGGAACUUGGAGACUAAGGAGGAGAAUAGCCCUAGAUGUGAGGUCUCCUCAGGAAGAUGAACCCUCCCUUGCAGAAGUGGGAGCUGCCCCAGAGAGUCUGUCUGAGAUGAAGACAGAGGCCCAGCCUUCGACAUCCUCGCUGGCAAACACCUCAUGGACUGGCACAGUGAUUUCUGACAAUGUCCCAGGAAGUCAAACGUGGGAAGACAAGGGUUCAUUGACCUGGUCUGCAACAUCUUGGACCUCAGAGGCCCAAGUUUCAGCAGCCCGGGUUGCAGAGGCUCAGGCCAGGACCAGUCAGCCCAAACAAAUUUCUGUAUUGGAGGCGUUAACUGCCUCAGGCCUGAACCAGAAACCCGUGCAUGAGAAGGUGCAGAUGACAGAGAAGAAAGAGAGUGAGGUCCUCCUUGCCCGACCGUUCUGGUCCAGCAAAACUGAGUAUAUUCUGGCUCAGGUGGGCUUCUCUAUGAAGCCAUCUUGUCUCUGGCGCUUUGCCUACCUGUGGCUUAACAGUGGAGGCUGCAGUUUCGCUGCCAUCUACAUCUUCAUGCUGUUCCUGGUCGGGGUUCCUCUUCUCUUCCUGGAGAUGGCAGCUGGUCAGAGCAUGCGUCAGGGUGGCAUGGGUGUAUGGAAGAUCAUUGCCCCCUGGAUUGGUGGUGUGGGGUAUUCUAGCUUCAUGGUGUGCUUCAUCCUCGGCCUGUACUUCAAUGUGGUCAAUUCCUGGAUCAUCUUCUACAUGAGCCAGUCCUUCCAGUUUCCCGUUCCAUGGGAGAAAUGUCCCUUAACGAUGAACUCUAGUGGCUUUGAUCCUGAAUGUGAACGGACAACACCCUCCAUAUACUUCUGGUACCAGCAGGCCUUGAAGGCCUCAGACAGAAUCGAGGAUGGCGGGUCACCAGUCUACAGUCUGGUCCUGCCCUUCUUUCUUUGCUGGUGUCUUGUUGGUGCUUUCAUGAUCAAUGGGCUCAAGUCCACUGGGAAGAUAUCGGAUGUGUACAAUAUGAGUGUGUGGUCUCUAGCAGGGGGUCAAGUUUUGUCUAACACAGGCAUAGGCCUUGGCUCCGUUGCCUCCUUAGCCUCCUACAUGCCGCAGUCCAACAACUGUCUCAGUGAUGCCUUUCUCGUGUCUGUGAUAAACCUGCUCACUUUGUUGAUUUUCACAUCUUUCAACUUCUGUGUCCUGGGCUUCUGGGCGACAGUCAUCACACAUCGCUGCUGUGAGAGGAAUGCUGAAAUACUUUUAAAGCUGAUAAACCUAGGGAAACUGCCUCCUGACGCCAAGCCCCCUGUCAACCUGCUUUACAACCCAACCUCCAUCUACAAUGCCUGGCUCAGUGGCCUUCCCCAGCACAUCAAAAGCAUGGUUCUCCGUGAGGUGACUGAGUGCAACAUAGAGACUCAGUUUCUUAAGGCUAGCGAGGGCCCAAAGUUUGCAUUCCUGUCCUUUGUUGAAGCCAUGUCCUUCCUUCCUCCGUCUGUCUUCUGGUCUUUUAUCUUCUUCCUGAUGUUGCUGGCCAUGGGGCUGAGCAGCGCAAUAGGGAUUAUGCAGGGCAUCAUUACUCCACUCCAGGACACCUUCUCUUUCUUCAGGAAACAUACAAAGCUGCUCAUAGUGGGAGUCUUUUUGCUCAUGUUCGUGUGCGGCCUCUUCUUCACUCAACCUUCAGGCAGCUACUUCAUCAGACUGCUGAGUGACUACUGGAUAGUCUUCCCCAUCAUCGUCAUUGUCGUAUUUGAAACCAUGGCUGUAUCCUGGGCCUAUGGGGCCAGGAGGUUCCUUGCAGACCUGACGAUCCUGUUGGGCCACCCCAUCUCUCCCGUCUUUGGUUGGCUGUGGCCCCAUCUGUGUCCAGUUGUGCUGCUAAUCAUCUUUGUGACCACGAUGGUUCAUCUUUGUAUGAAGCCGAUCACCUACAUGUCCUGGGACUCAAGCACUUCAAAAGAGGUGCUUCGACCAUACCCACCAUGGGCACUGCUCUUGAUGAUCACCCUUUUUGCCAUUGUCAUCCUCCCCAUCCCUGCAUACUUUGUAUACUGCCGCAUACAUAGGAUUCCCUUCAGGCCCAAGAGCGGAGACGGGCCUAUGACAGCCUCCACAUCCCUACCACUAAGUCACCAGCUAACACCCAGUAAAGAGGUUCAAAAGGAAGAAAUUCUACAAGUUGAUGAAACAAAGUACCCAUCAACUUGUAAUGUGACUUCCUAACUUCAUUAAUUUGGCUUCACAUAACAUACCCCUUAGAACAGAUCCAAUAGGCAACUCUUAAUAUCAGCUUGCAACUGUUGAUCUCCCUGGAUCCAGAACCACUUUUAUUUCCAAGAGGAGGGGCAUUCUUUGGGGGGGUUCAUGGGGCCUGGACUUGCAGUCCCUUCCUGGGUCCCAUCUUACUGGUGACCACCAUCAUUGUUUUCCCCAUCCUCUUCCUCAACACACAUACAUGCACAACGCAUAUACAAUACUAGUGAUGUCUACCAGUCCUGCUACUUCUGGGGUGCCUGUCUCCUGGAAUGGAGCUGGAGGAGCAAUGCUGUUGGUCAAUAAAUCAGUCUACUGGAACUCUAA